CCGUGGCCGGAAGUGCCAGGGCUGGGCGGCGGGUCUGGGUCCGCUGCCGCCGGUGCGCCCGAGCGCGGCGCCUCCCGCCCCUCUCCCGCUCCCCUCGGCCCCGCCAGGUUCCCUCAGCGACCCCCGCCAUGCACCCGCGGCGCCCCGAAGGCUUCGACGGCCUCGGCUACCGCGGGAUCGGUCGCGAUGAACUGGGUCCCGGCUCCAGGCCCUUCAGCAGCGGCUCGGAGCUGGGCUCCUGGGUGACCAGCCCGCCCGACAUUCCUGGCAGCCGCAACCUGCACUGGGGCGAGAAGACGCCGCCGUAUGGGGCCGGGACCCCUCUGAGCGGCGCCGGCUCCAACGAGGAGGCCAACCUCGGGACGGGCGGCCCCGGCGCCGAGCAGUUGAACAGAUUUGCUGGCUUUGGUAUUGGCCUUGCAAGUCUAUUUACAGAAAAUGUGUUGGCACAUCCUUGCAUUGUUCUACGUCGUCAAUGUCAGGUUAACUAUCAUGCACGGAAUUAUCAUCUCACACCGUUUACAAUUGUCAAUAUCAUGUACUGCAUCAAUAAGACACAGGGUCCAAGAGCUCUCUGGAAAGGAAUGGGCAGCACUUUCAUUGUUCAGGGCAUAACCCUGGGAACAGAAGGCAUCAUCAGUGAAUUUACACCUUUGCCAAGAGAGCUUUCACAUAAAUGGAAUCUCAAGCAGAUAGGUGGACACCUUUUACUCAAGGGGUUAACACAUGUGAUAGCAAUGCCUUUUUAUUCUGCAAGCCUGAUUGAAACUGUACAGAGUGAAAUAAUUCGAGACAAUCCUGGCAUUCUGGACUGUGUGAAAGAAGGAAUUGGCAGAGUCGUAGGCUUGGGAGUACCCCAUAGCAAGCGUCUCCUUCCUCUGAUGGUCCUGACUUUUCCCACUGCUCUACAUGGAGUUCUUCACUACAUCAUCAGUUCCAUCGUACAGAAGCUUGUCUUGUUUGUUUUGAAAAGGGAUAAUUCCCACAACCUUCCAACUGAGAGCUCCACUUCUGUGCAGAGCAUGCUGGAUGCGUAUUUUCCAGAACUUAUUGCUAGCUUUGCUGCUAGCCUUUGUGCUGAUGUCAUGCUUUACCCGCUGGAAACAGUUUUGCACCGCCUUCAUAUUCAAGGGACACGCACAAUAAUUGACAAUACAGACCUUGGCUAUGAAGUGCUUCCAAUCAAUACUCAGUAUGAGGGAGUAAAAGACUGCAUAAAUACUAUAAAACGAGAGGAAGGAAUGCAAGGUUUUUAUAAAGGAUUUGGAGCUGUUAUAGUACAGUAUACCUUGCAUGUGGCAGUUUUACAGCUUACCAAAAUUAUUUACUCAACACUGCUUCAAAAUGUUUCUUAAUCUGUCUAGGUCUCAAUUUAGCACAUUGACAUGUGCUAAAUGAUUGACAUGAUUGACUUGCUAACCUAGUUAUUCUUCAAAUGGCUUAGAGAAUGAACUUUGGGGAAUCCACUCUGUGGAUUCUCCUUACACUGUAGAACUACUUGUUUUAAAAAUGGGGAUAUAGUUUCCGAAGUGUAAUUAAAAAAGGACUGUUUGAAAAUUACAGACACAAAUUGAAUAUGUCAUAUGCAGUCAUACAAAGGGGAUCAGAUUUCAAAUGUGAUUGCAUUGAGGAUUUACUUUUCCUCUUACCAGUUCACUGACAUAAGGAAUGCAUAUGAAUUGUUAGUAUCUGCUUUAUAAGCAUCACAUCUGAUACUUAAGAUGGACUGUUAAGCAGUUGAAAAGAAUUUAUUUUCUUAAGUUAUAAGAACUUAGAGUUAGGGGACUGAUGGCUUUACUGGUCUUUUAAAAAUGUUUCCAACUUCACUGUUAAUAGAACUGCAAGUAAAAUAGAAACUGUGAAAGUGACUUAAGUAGACUUAAAUGUUAUCAUUUAUAGGUAUAUAGAAUACUUAUUUUGCUGCAGUGUGGCAGAAGAUGACAAAUGGGAAUCUCUUGCUUUGUAUAAAAACAAUGAAAAAUGGGUGUGAGUCAAAACUGCACAGAAUGCAAAUUUGGCUGUCUUGCAGUUUGUUUGCAAGGCUUACAAUAACUGUGUGAAUAAAGCAAAAUAGAAAUUGAUGUGUGCAUGUGUAAGUGCCAUUUUUAGUUGACUUUCCACUGACAACUUCAGGGUUUAGUUUUACUGUAAUGCUCCAUAUGAGAGUGUAAUAAUCAUACGAAUCUGUGUAGUAGUAGUGGUGUUCAAAGUGUACAGAAAGCCUAAGAAAACAAUUGGCUGUUCCUAGAGUUUUUAUUUUGUUAGAUUGGAGGAGUGUGUAUAAAAUUGUCUCCUUAACUAUUUAGCACUGAUGUCUGUAAUUUAAAAUCUCUGCUAGUUUAAAUAUUUUGUGGAGCAGAGCUAAGUCUGUUUAUGUGCAAAGGAACCAUUGAAAUAAAUCAUUUUUGCUCUCUCCCCCUUCAGACUCAGCCUGAAAAUGAUUUUUAAUCAUUUUAAAUAACCUAAUCCUUGGUUUCUUCAGUAAAUAUGGGGGCUGGGAGAUGGUUUUUGCAAAUAAAACAAGCAUGUGGAAAGUCACUUUUAAAUUGUGAGAGGCCGCUGCUUUUUUCACAUUCAUGUGGCAAGUCUGUUUUUGUGAAUGCUGUAAACUGAUCUGCAUUUUAAUCAUUAAUCAUUGUGUAGUUACCACUUAUGGAAAGUAGUCAUGGUAAAAUAAUGCAGAGAUGUUGCUCUUUGUAAAUUCUGACUUCAUAUCAGGUCUACUUUAUUAUUAAUCUAACUUUCAUGUAUUUUAAAUGCCUAAGUGUUGAAAUGGAGAGUAUGGUGAACUUGGAAACUGGAUUCUUUUGAAAUACUGUUGAUUGCAAUUCUAGUGUAUAGUGUAUGAAAUAAAAUGAGAAUUCACUGUAAGUAUUAUAAAAUAA